CUAUGAUUGAAUUCUCACACUAUGACUGCAAAAAGUUCGGUGACUAGCAUUUUAGAUAGCAUAAUUUCAAAAAUAGAAAUAGAAAUCGAAUUAGAACAAGAGACAGCAUCAUUAUAUACAAAUCAAUCAGAGCUGGAAAAUUCUGUAACCUCAAAUAAAAGGAGCAAAUUAUCAUGCAAUUCAAUGGAAGAUAUAAACUGUCGCAUUUGUUAUGAUCCUAAUCAAGAAUUGUCUAUUAUAUAUCCAUGCAAGUGCAAGGGAACAAUGGGUGCAAUCCAUCUGAAAUGUUUGGAGCGAUGGCUAGAAGAGAGCAAUAGAAAUAGUUGCGAAUUAUGCGGCUAUGAAUUCCAAAUAGAACGAACACCUCGUUACAAAGUUCUCCGCUCUAUCAUAGUUUGGUUGUGCCUGAAUCAGGAUGAGCAUCAAAUGUACGUUCGCAAUGUGAAAGCCGAUUUACUCAGAUGUCUUAUAGUCAUUCCUGUAACCAUCGCGUGUUCCUACAUUUGUGUAGUCGCUGCGGAUUUUUAUGCUAUGAACAAUUACGACAAUUUCCCACCCGCGCGAUGGACCACCUGCUCCCUGUUGUCAAUGAUGGCAUUACUGAUUUUAUCUUUCUUCGUCUGGAUUUACAUGACAUUACAAUAUCAUCAAAAAGCAUGGUUUCAUUGGUGGCAGAAGUCCAGCAUUGUGAAGAUAAUUAAUUUGACGCGGAAAAAUGCUGUUUUAGAAAUUAGAAAUGAAAAACGAAAUAUAGAGAUCUAA